AUGAGCCCCAGCAAGGCGAGUACUCCUACCGGAGUGUUAUUCGAAGAUGAUCCAGUGGAACAGUUGGAAGUUAGUUUACACAACAAUCAUGAGCAAAUUACACCACCUAAGCCAACUAGAGAAUAUAAAAGAAAAAUAUUAGUCUGGAGAAAUAUCAUCUUAUUUGUGCAUUUACAUUUAGCUGCACUAUACGGUGUAUAUUUAGCAUUAACGUCCGCCAAACUAUUAACUAUUAUUUGGACUUCCGUAGUAUUCCAUGCCAGCGCGUUAGGAAUUACCGCCGGUGCUCAUAGGCUAUGGGCACAUAGAACUUAUAAAGCAAAAUGGCCAUUAAAAGUGAUAUUAAUUAUAUUUAACACGAUCGCAUUCCAGAAUCAUGUGUACGAAUGGUCCAGAGAUCACAGGGUGCAUCAUAAAUACACGGAAACGGACGCCGAUCCGCAUAAUGCAAAACGUGGGUUUUUCUUCUCCCAUAUCGGAUGGCUGAUGUGUCGUAAACAUCCAGAUGUUAUCGAGAAAGGAAAAGGAAUCGAUAUGUCGGAUUUGGAACAAGACACCAUCGUUGUAUUCCAAAAAAAGUAUGUUUGA